AUGGCUGAGCAAACUCAAUCAGCUUUCCAGAAGCAAAACAUCUUCCAAAACGCCAAGUCAAGGGGUGGCAAGAAGGUCACUACCAAGACUAAGCGAUGGUACAAAGAUGUUGGUCUUGGAUUCAAGACCCCUGCUGAGGCCAUUAACGGUACUUACAUCGACAAAAAAUGUCCUUUCACCGGUGACAUCUCUAUCCGAGGUCGAAUCCUUACUGGUGUCGUCCACUCUACCAAGAUGACCAACACCAUCAUCAUCAGACGAGAGUACCUUCAUUUCAUCCCCAAAUACCGACGAUACGAGAAACGACACAAGAAUCUCGCUGCCCACUGUUCUCCCGCUUUCCGAGUUGAGCAAGGUGACCAAGUUACCGUUGGUCAAUGCCGACCUCUUUCCAAGACCGUCCGAUUCAACGUCCUCCGAGUAUCCAAGAACAAGGCUGCUAAAGGAUUCGCUAAAUUCUAA